AUAGUGAAUGAUUUGAAAUUCACGGUAACCCAAGCAGUGGAGCCUGUAGAGAAAGGAAUUCAAAAAUUGCAUAAGAUCUCUCAGAACAUAAAGAAGCAUGAGAAAGAGAAGCGAACGAAGGAUGACAGUUGCAUUGCAACAUCGUCUCCAGCACGGAGAGUCAUACGUGGGAUAGAUGAUCCCCUUUUACAUGGAAGCAUUAGUGACAGUGGAACUUCCAGGAAAAAGAAGCACCGCUCCCGGAAAUCUGGAUAUACCAGUGCAGAAAGUGGUGGAGAAAGUAGCAGUGAUCAGAGCUUUGGUGGUAUCCAAGUUCGUGGCCGAAGAUGGGUUACUAAGGAUUAGUCAGAAAAACAAGAACAGAAAAUAAUUGCUUUGAAGACUUGAUGCGCACCUCUGCCUUCAAAAAUCUGGAGUUGUUUAGCUCUUCAUUACAUCAUUCUUCUGCUCCGAGGAAGUUUAAGUAUUUGCUUCAGCAAAGUUGAUCUGGGGCUUUUUUUCUCCAGAGUUGAAGUGCUACAUUAUGAAAGCACUUGCAGAUUCGUUCUCUCUUGUCAUUAUUGUUGCACAUAAUGGUCUUCAAAUGUUGUAUAGAUGUAUCCUCAUCGGUAUAUGGUCCCUCAUUGUAUUGGGAUCAGUUUGCCUCGUAUAGAAGGUUAUGCAUUCAGUUUUGGAUCUUCGGCAGAUGUAUGUCCUUAAUGAAAUUAACUCGAUCACAGCCAUUAAUCUAUCAGAUGGUGUUUUUCUCCAGCAUUUUACUGAUAAUUUAUUGAAAGAAAGCAUUUUGCUUUGAGCUAA